UCCAGUUGAUGGCUAUGAGUGGUGGUUCUCGGAUGAAGAAACCUCGUGAACAUUGCCAAAGAUACUUGGACCGUUUGGAUGAAAAGAAUAAGACUAUGAGCUGCUUCCUCAGGCAUAUGACUGCCAAUCCAAAACAUGGCAUGAUUGUACCGAACAGAUUUGUGAAGCAUUUUGCAGGAAAGUUGUCCGGAACUGUCAAAUUAGAAUCCCCUAAUGGUAAUCGAUAUGAUGUCGAAGUUACAGAGCAUCAUAAUAAGAUGAUGUUCAGACAUGGGUGGGAGGCAUUUGUUGAUGCCCAUCAUAUAGAAGAGAAUGACUCAUUGCUGUUCCGAAACAUUGAGACAUCUGUUUUUGAGGUUAUGAUCCUUGAUUCGGAUGGUUGUGAAAAAAUGUUUCGUUGCUCUGGCAGAAAAAACACCCAAAGUGUUGGAGAAAGAAGUGUACAUUUUGUUGAUAUUUCAAGCAGCUCUCAACAUGGGACCAUUGAAUCAUCAGGAAAUGAGAGAGUUGCUAGGUUUGUGAAGGGUAGCUCCAGUCGACGAGGAAAAACAUCAAAGAUGGAUGUUACAUCUUCAUCAUCUGGUGGCUCAGGAGAAGACAUUCCAUGUGAAGAAGAAUCUUUUGAGUCGGAUGAUCUCCAGAAACCCCCCGGGGCAGAUUAUAUUAUAUCAUGUCGCAGUCAUCUAUCUGAAGAACAAAAGGAGAGAGUAAUUGCACUGAUCGAGGAGCUUGAACCUAAAAUUACUGUUUACGUUGCAGUCAUGCAGAAGUGCAAUGUUCAUCCUCGGGCUCCUUUUGUUGUAAGUUCACUGCUGUUGCUGUUGCUGUAA